UCUGAGAUACACACUAGAGCCUCUCUCCAAAAUCCUUUGUUAAUCUCUCUCCAUGGCCAACCGUGCCGGCUCAUCCUCUGCCCCUCCGGAAAAUCCCCCCACAGAAGAAGGAGAAGAAGAAUUGAUAUAUGGAGGUGAGUCAGGUUGGGUAGAGGCUCGUACCUCCUGCGAUCACUUGUCUUCCCUGUCGUCUGAUCUCACUCACAUUCCCACACCAGAUACUCCUUGCCACAUUUGUGAGCACCCAGAUGAGAAUUGGCUCUGUUUAUGCUGCAAAGAGGUUCUGUGUAGCCGUUUUGUUAACAAGCAUAUGCUCAACCAUUAUCACAAUACAAGUCAUUCCUUGGCACUUAGCUACAGUGAUUUAUCAGUUUGGUGCUUCUCCUGCGACGCCUAUUUAGAUGCUCAAGUGAUCCGGCAACUCCGUCCUGUCUAUGAAACGGCUUACCUACUCAAAUUUGGCGAGGCCCCACCUUCCAGAGCAGUCUAACCCAGGGCCGGUCAAAGUAGAACGGAAACCGUUGAACCGGACCAAUCCUGCGGUCGGACAUUAAUGCCACCAUGACAAAUGUUCCGAGGUUCAAGGAAUAUCUAUACAUGAUGCUUAGCAUUUAGUAACAUGUUUUGUUUUGUGUCUAUCUAAUAUCUCUCUAGUUUUCACGGGAAAUGUGCUGUACUUUCUU